AUCCCCAAGCCAAUGCCGCUCAAGCCGAAGCCGAAGCCGAAGCCGAUCAUUAAAUAGUUUUUCGCUGCCCUGAAUGGUCUUGGCGCAUCGACGUCACCUUCCUUCAAACAUCAUCUCAAGAACAAGAACUAUUGGUGCCCUCCCUCCCAUUGGGGGAGUAAUAUUUGCACAGGUGUCGAGCCGCAGCUUGUUUUUCGGCGAAAUGAGAAGAGAUAAAAGCCGGGGCAAGGUCACUGCCAGAACAGUUCACAUCGAGAUGCGUUGCCGCUGGGAGUACCUAAUCGUGGCUGUGCUGCUGCUGGGCGUGCUAGCCGAGAUGAGCCAGGCGGCCAGACAGGCCAAGCAGGCCAAGCAGGCAAGAAGGAGAUCGAGGAACGCAAACGUGCGCAGACUGCCGGCGAACAGGAGUCAAGCUGUGGCCAAGAAUACCAAGAGCAGAGCAGCUGUAAGAACGGGCACCACCGUUGCAAAGAAGAGCUCACCGAGCAAGGCGUCAGCGCGAGCGACACCGGCCAAGGUUCAGUCGAAGAUUGUCGGUGGCUCCACGACCACCAUCAGCACGGCGCCGUACCUAGUGCAGGUGCGUCGCGGAACUAGCCUGUGCGGCGGCUCUUUGGUAUCGACCCUUUGGGUACUCUGCGCCGGACACUGUGUGAAGGGACACAGUGCCUCGCAGUUUCUGGUGCGAGCAGGAACCACCACGCUUGACGGCAGCGAUGGCGUGGUGCGGUCCGUGGUCUUUACGGCCGUGGCACCCCGUUUCACGUCCGCGAAGAUGAACAUGGACGCCUCACUGCUGAAGCUAAACGAAACCAUGACGGGCACCAACAUUGCCACCAUCUCCAUGGGGUCCUACGUGCCCAAAGCGGGCUCCAAGGUGCGCAUCGCGGGCUGGGGGCUGACCAGUGAGGGCGGCAGCACUUCCCAGACGCUUCGGGCCACGCAGAUCACGGUGGUGAGGCAGCGUGUUUGCAGCCAGAACUACGGCAGAUUGGCCUCCAUCACCAAAUACAUGUUCUGUGCCCGCGGCAGGAGCAAGGAUUCAUGCAGCGGCGACUCCGGCGGAGCCGUCACCAGAGAUUCAACGCUGCUGGGCAUUGUAUCAUUUGGCUAUGGCUGCGCCAGGUCCGGAUAUCCCGGCGUGUACACAGCUGUGGCCCGAAUCCGACCGUGGGCCAACCGCAUAAUGUCGAACAAUUAGGAUCGGAAAUCUUGAGAGUCAGUGACUCUACCUACAACCUACAAUAACAAGCCCCCAAGACAAGGCCGUUGCUUAGCCCAUAAAUAAAUCCAGUUAAAACACGUCACAUGUCACAUGACUAAUAACAGCCGAUUGCCAGCCAGUGGCAAUAACAAAGACUUCCCGCCUUGUGUUUGUACAGAAAUCCAACUAAAUAUAGGUUCGAUUUCUUUGUAGAUAGCUUUGCGAGCCGAAGGCCUAGCGAAUUCCAAGCUAUAACAGCACGAAGCGAGCGAUUCUACAUCAAUAUUUGUAUAUGGCACGUGUACUCACACUCGCUUCAGAUCUUCUGAAUAACUCGUACUGCAGGCACCAUUUUCUAAGCAGCCCCCUAAAAAUUUCAAAUUUCACACACACAAGAUAAGACAAAACUGUGUACAAAAUAAUUUUAAAGUUGGGGGUUUACAAUUGACAGUUAUAGUCGGCCUAUUGAAUGCAAGAUUGAUAACCCGUGAAUAUUGACAAACUUUGUAAUAUUGUGAUCUUAAAAUAUGAAAAAUAUUCGAGCGUGCAUGCAAAACAAGUGCUACGUGUCUUCUUGUUCUUUACAGUUUGUUGUGUCUAUUUUUACUAAUAAAAUCUAACAAAUUUAAUCGUGUUUCGUGGAGUAGAACUUCUUUGUUG